AUGCGGCUCCCGCCCGAACUUUGGCUGAAGAUCUUCUCGGAUGUGGCCUACAUUCCUGGAGCCUUGACUCACGAAGAUGACCACGCUAUCGCGUCCUUCGCAAAAGACAACUUCGGAAUCUGUCUGCACCGUCGCUUUCGCGAGACGAUGGACGCCAAGCUCGCUAUCAGUUCUGUCUGCAGGGCAUGGAACUCUCUAGUGACCAAGUUCCUUUUCCAGUACCUCCUGGUGAAGAGCGGAGCUCAGGCCGUGUUGACGGCUUCUGCCUUGGAACGUCGCCAAGGAUGUUCUCAGUACAGCUGCGAUGGACCUGGGCGCUGGACAAUUCGUCUGGAACUAGCACUGGAAGGUGUCCACAUAUGGAGGAAGGAACACACGCAUGCUCUGAUUCGCAUCUUCUGCCACUGCCCCAACCUGACUGUCUUCUCCAACGCCUUCUGUACCACCGACGCCUAUUUCCUAUUUAUGUCCGGUAUCAUGGAUACCUUAUCCGCAGUAGUGUCACGCUCUACUUUGCGAAGACUUGAGCUCAAAGGCACUUUCCCGAUGCUGGAGACCGUGGUCGCUAAUGUAGCCCCGUCGCUUGAGGUGCUCUGGCUUAUCCCUCCACCCAAGGCUAUGCUACCCUCCCAGCAAGAUGUGCAGAAACUCCAUUUCCCCAAGUUGCGUGUUCUAGUCUUCUCCUUCCCCUUCCGUAUGGAUACUCUUGUCAUGCCAUGGGAAACCCCGUCUUUGAAUACCUUGAUUGCGGAAGACUUGUACCAAGACAUGCCCUGCUCUUUGCGUUAUUUCCUUCACGCGAAUGGCAAGAAGCUACAAUAUCUUGCGAUGAAUUGGUUCGACUCGCUUGUACAGCUCUGCCCCGAGCUUCAGGAAUGGGUGAUACCUUACAAUGCGCUCUCGAGACUAUCCCCCGAUGACCUCCACCCAUCCAUUCGUUGUCUUACUCUCGCGGGCAACUUUGUUGACGCUGGAAGCCAUCUCCCGGCAAUUGGCUUCCACCUUGCCACCGCCAUGCGAUCUGCACGGAGUCACAGGCGCGAUCGUGGCGCGAAACAUGCGAACAAGUGCUGGCAGUGUGCCAACGUCGCGGCAUUCGGGUGGAUGUCUCUAUGGGAGUGGACAAUCAAAGUGCGGAUAUCUGGGAACCCUUGA